AUGGCCGCAGCUAGGAGUGACCGCUAUUUCCAUUCUUAUUCCCCCUACGCACAGCAGAAGUACAGCAACAUCUCCUGUUUGUGGGAAACUCAGCCCUUCGGCUGUGUGAGGAUCAGCUGUGCCUUCCAUCAUAGCAAACCUCGUAAUAUAAAUGGACUUUUUCUGCCACCAAAUGACAAUGCCCCAUUGCAGCUGGGUGUCCAAGAAGGGAUUCUGCAUCCAGCCCAUCAUCAAGAAUCACUCCGAAAUCAAGAGAAUAUUUUACUACCAAUUCACCCUCCGCUGAUUAUAAACCUCAACAAGGAAGAGGACCAAGAGGAGGAUGAAGAGGACCAUGAAGAGGAAGAGAACUGUGUUUCUCACUGGAUGCCUAAGACUGCUGCAGAUAUUGAGGAGGAAAGAGCAAUAAAGGAGAUAUGCUAUAAAUCUGGAGAGUGUUACAGGAUUCAGUACCCUCAUGAACACCAGUCAACAAAACCUGUGCCUUCGCCUUGGGAAAAGGAGCUAUUACCCUUGGAAGCUACCGAGCGAGACUUGCAGAAAGGGCACGGUAAUACAAUUCCUGCAAAAUUCAAUAAUUCAAAAAGAGAAGGAGAGGGAUCAGGAAGGAGAGCACCAACAGAGAGCAUUCCCAGAACAGGUAGCCGGUCCUUUGAAAAUGGAGAAACAAACCACACUGAGCUGGAAAAGAACCAUCACUGUAAAGAAGGAAAGAAGCAGAAAUGGAUUUGUGAGGAGCCGAGAAAUGCACCUAAUGCAGUUAGAGGCAAAGGAGUUGACACUUCAGACCCCAAAGUAAAACCAGGUUACCAACAGAGGGGUCCAGGGAAGGAUGAAGAAUCUAGUUCCUCUGUUUCUGACAUGAGAGAAGCUGGAAGAAAGACUUAUUUCAAUUCUUUGGAACCCCGAAGAUCAGCAUUUGUAGUCUACCGUUCUGUCACCGUCACCCAAGAGCCAAAGUUCAAUGGGUCUACUGUGGUACGUGAGCCAUAUGGUGGGAAAUGUGCCAAACAGAAGGAUCAGCCUGACACAAACAGGAGAUGCUGGACCCAAAUGGAGAACUAUGGCAAAUACACUUCAGGAUCUUAUAAUGUGCCAACUUGGAGGAAAAGAAAUCCACGUGCAAAAACGUUCUCCAAGGCUAAAACAACCAUUCAGCAGAGCCAAGAAGCCAUGGAAGAGAGUAGAAAAUGGAGAGCAAUCUGUGGAACGGAGAAAGAGAUGAAGCGAGGGCGUCAAUUUACAAGAAAAAUCUAA